GUUACCUAUUGUUAUACAGUGUAAGCAUUUGUUAGAGCAAGUUUCCCUGUUUCUAAGCCAAGCAUAGUACACUCACAGCAGCACUUUGUUUUGUUACUGGCUAUUUGCAACCAGCCAGUUUGUCAUGCACCAUAUGAGAGAGAAUAGUAGAUGGAAUUGAGAGAGAGAGAGAGAGAGAGAGAGAGAGACAUGGACAUAAACUCACCUGUUUGAUGAGAUGUUUGUAAUGUUCUCUCCUCUCAGCUUCUUUUGACCUUUCCCCUUCUCUCCCAAACCUCUCUUGCUGCUUUGUUGGUUGUUCUAUCCUGAUCUCAGGAGUUGCAUCGAUCCAUGGUGUCUAGCUUUUCCUUCUAGUGUGAGAGCUACUGAUCCAUGGUCUUCUUCCUCAGUUUCCUCGAACACACUUCAGGCGAUUCUUCUGCGACCUGAGUCCUUGAUUUGGCCUUCUUCAUGAAUAACUGGUUGGCUUUCUCUCUCUCCCCCCAUGAGCUCCCUUCCUCACAGCCUCAUCAGAGCCAUUCGCCAUCUGCUGAUGUCUCCCACUUCAUCUCCGGCGACGAUGUCUCCACCAACUGCUACGAUUUCUCUGCCGACUCCACAUCGGAGCCGCCGAUGGGAAUACCCACCCUGAGACCUGACUUAUCCUUCUGUAUUUUAGAGGCCUUCGACAGACACCAUCACCACCAAACCCAAGAUUGGAACAUGAAGAGCUUCGGUGGCCCCUCGGAACUAUCCGUUCUGGUUGGAUCGAGAAGUAACCAGAACACUAUGGAGGAAGAUGAGCCCAAGCUCGAAGACUUCCUCGGUGGGAAUUCGAUCUCGGAUCAUGAUCGAAAGGUUCUACCUGCUGCACUUACCAGCGAUGAGUACAUGUUCUCCACCUCCUCCUUCCAGGCGCAAGACGCUUCCAUGGUGUCAUCCGAUGCUCACGGUGGAGGCCUGAUGAGCGACGGCAACGGUGGUUCUUCGAGCAACUCCAUCGGGCCGUCCGUGAUCAAGACGUGGUUGAGGAACCAACCCAUCCCACAGCAGCAGGCCAACGACAUGGCCGGGGGUGGAGGGUCAAGCUGUAGCAGCAGUGCGAUGGUAGCCAACGUUAUCGGCACGUUAACGAACUCCCAGGGCUUAUCGUUGUCCAUGAGCACAGGCUCGCAGUCGAGCUCGGCUCUGCCGCUACUGGUGAGAGGGGUAAGCGGUGGAGGUCAGAGCUCGUCGUCGGACAACAAGCAGAAAGGCACUGCAGGUGGCGCAGAUGCACAGACUGGUCCAAUGGAAGCAGUUCCUCGGAAGGCCGUGGACACAUUUGGGCAGAGAACUUCCAUUUACCGGGGCGUGACGAGGCAUAGAUGGACAGGUAGAUACGAGGCUCAUCUAUGGGACAACAGUUGCAGAAGAGAAGGACAGACACGCAAGGGUAGACAAGGUACAUCUUCCACUUGCAUCUCUCUCAUGAAUCGACCUACCAAGCAUUUGAUUUGUAUUGAUUUUGUGCUUCUCUCUUGUAACUCUCCCUCUUGGGCACAAUGCGCGGCCAAUGUCUCAUUCCCCAACUCCAUGCAUGCAGUCUAUUUGGGUGGCUAUGACAAAGAAGACAAGGCAGCUAGGGCUUAUGAUUUGGCUGCUCUCAAGUACUGGGGUCCUACUACAACCACAAACUUCCCUAUAAGCAACUACGAGAAUGAGCUGGAAGAGAUGAAGCACAUGACAAGGCAGGAAUUCAUUGCAUCACUCAGAAGAAAGAGCAGCGGGUUCUCUAGGGGUGCAUCUAUUUAUCGUGGAGUAACAAGGCAUCAUCAGCAUGGAAGAUGGCAAGCAAGGAUAGGAAGAGUCGCAGGGAACAAAGACCUCUAUUUGGGAACCUUCAGCACCCAAGAAGAGGCCGCCGAGGCGUACGAUAUCGCGGCCAUCAAGUUCCGGGGGCUGAACGCAGUCACCAACUUCGACAUGAGCCGGUACGACGUGAAGAGUAUCCUCGAGAGCAACAUGCUGCCCGUCGGCGGCGCCGCCAAGCGGCUCAAGGACGUGGGCGAGCACGCCGAGCCCGGCGCGAUUCGGAGGAGGGCAGAAGACAGCCGUCUCGCCCCGCGGUUCGACGGGACGGGUGGCUACGGCGCUUCUCACCACCAAGGCUGGCCGACGACUGUCGCUUUCCAUCAGCCGCCGCCCUUGCAGCCGCCGCGGUGGGGUGCUCAGUUUCCCUACGGUCCGACGCUGGGUUGGUGCAAGCAGGAGGUGGCCACCGCUCACGGCCUGCAGGACCUUCACCAGCUCCACUCGGGCACCAACACCCACAACUUCUUCCAGCCGUCGUCGGUGCUUCAUCACAGCCUUGUAAGCGUCGACGCCUCGUCGCUGGAACACAGCACGGGAUCGAACUCGGUGGUGUACGGCGGAAGCUAUCAUGGCGGCGGGUACGUGAUGCCGAUGAGCACGGUGGUGACGGAUCAAAGCGGCGCAGCGAACCAAGCAGGCUGUGGUAAUCUCAUCGACGAAGAAGGGACUGCAGAUCCUUAUUCUUCGAGCAGAAAUGCUUACUAUCUCGCUCAUCAGUUGUCUUCCGGCAACGCCAAAGCCGGGGAGUACGAGCAGAACAAUGCAUGGAUGCAUGCGCCAGCUCUGGCGAUGGCGUCGAGGUCGAACGGCAUGGCUGCUGACCAUGGAGCUCCACCGUUCACAGUGUGGAAUGAUGCUUAGGGUUGGGAAAGAAGAGACUGCAUUGCAUUAGAAGGAGAGAGGCAUUUGCUCCUGAUCAUGAUUGCUUCCAUCUGUUUUGGUGAAAGUAUUUCUGGUUUUCUCAGCAUGAGAAUUCUUCUGAUGGUUUGGUAAUGGCCGGUGAGGAUUGAUGCAACUUAACUUGGCACAGUUCUUACUGGCUGUUAAUUUUGGGGUGAUUCAGAAGAAUCAUCUGUUAGAAAAGACUAUGUAAAGUUGUUAAAAUUAAUCCUUUUUUUACUAUCUCUAUAAUAAUAAUAAUAAUUAUUAUUAUUAUUAUUCGAGAGGGUUAAC